AAUGAACUACUGUAAGGUUGUGCAAUAGUGGGGCUGCGUAGUAAUUUUUAGAAAAUUCCUACCCAUCAAGCAGACCGCAAAGAUCGCCGCCAAACAACACGAAGGCUGAAGAUCGCAUCCUUCACUUGUGCGACAAGUAUAGCACAACCAACCAGGUGUAUUGCCAACGUCAACGACGAUGCCGCACAAGCACAAGCGUCGGGAGCAAGUUGGCUCGACCUACAAUCUGCCACCAUCACAGAUUGCGCGGCCAUUACCUGUGAAGACUACGACCAUCUUCACUAGUGAUCAAGACAAAGGACCUGGGAAGAAGCGCAAGAGGGAGGGUACAGGCCAAAAUGACACCCCACGAGCCUUUAGGAGGUUGAUGGCUUAUGCCGGAGGGAAGAAGCCAAGGUCGGGUCUCGAUAAUGGCGAUGAGCCCAAAGCAAAGCCAAAGAAGAGCACCAAAAAUGCUACCGCCGUCGACACACCUGCACCAGAAACCAAGGAGAAGGAAAAGGGAAAACUCGAAAUUCCAACGAUCAAGCCCGGAGAGCGAAUGUCAGAGUUUGUUGCCCGUGUUGACGCGGCUCUGCCUCUUAGUGGCCUGAUCAACAAGAGUGCAAAGAAUGGAAAGGACCCUGUAGGCCUGAAGGUCAAGCGUACCAAGAAGGAGCGGCAGAUGCACAAGCUCUACGACCAAUGGCGAGAGGAAGAACAAAAGAUCAAGGAACAGCGUGAAGAAGAGGCCGAGUUACAGGCCGAGAAAGAGAUGGAAGACGAAGAGGCCGGUGUUUCAUGGAAAUUGAAUACGCAAGUGGCUCCUUCUGGAAAGAAAAAGAAGAAGGGGAAACGUGCCAAAUACCUCGACGAGGUAGGAGGUGUGGAAGAGGACCCCUGGGAAGAACUCAAAAGAAAGAGAGGCGAAUCAAGGCCUGGCCUCCACGAUAUCGCCAAAGCGCCACCCGAGCUCAAACUCAAGAAGCCGAAGCCGCUCGUCGUGCGCGAUGCGACUGUUGCAGUCGAUGGCAUUCCCAAAGCCGCAGGCAGCUUGAGGAGAAGAGAAGAGCUCCAGGAAGUACGAGACGACAUCGUUGCCCAGUAUCGGAAGAUGAUGGAGGGCAAGCGGCCAAGUCUCCGCCAGCCUCAAGCACAAUGAGCUGUUCACGAGCUAUUGAAAUGAUACCCAGCUGUCCAAUUUGCAAACUCGAGCGAUCAAGAAGGAACGAGGCAAUAGUCAAAUGUUUCUCAACAGCCUCCACAAGCAACCGACCGAUGCAGUAAAGGAAUUAGGCCUCUUACAGAGGGCAUCUGGAAGAUGAUAGGUAGCUGGAAUCGAGGUACUAUAAAAAUGGACAGACACGUUAUGCUGAACCCGACUGCACGGUGAUACUAAUAUGUAGGCUUGCAUCACCGUUGCUUCGUGACGAGACAGUUUUACUGUUGGGUGUAGG